AUGGGCGAGUGGAUAGUUGGAGCCUUCAUCAACUUCUUCGGUAGCAUUGCCAUCAAUUUUGGAACAAACCUUCUUAAAUUGGGUCAUGACGAGAGAGAGAGACAUUCAAUGCUUACCAGUGAUGGGAAGAAUGGGGAGACUGUUAUGAAGCCCAUAAUUUACUUCCAGGCUUGGAGAAUUGGCAUUCUUUUUUUCAUUAUUGGAAAUUGUCUGAACUUCAUUUCCUUUGGAUAUGCUGCUCAGUCCAUUCUGGCAGCUCUGGGAUCUAUCCAAUUUGUGUCAAACAUCGCCUUUGCCUUCUUCGUAUUAAAUAAAACUGUGACUGUUAAGGUACUUGUGGCCACAGCCUUUAUUGUUCUUGGAAACAUCUUCCUUGUUGCUUUCGGAAACCAUCAAUCACCUGUUUACACCCCAGAGCAAUUGGCAGAGAAGUAUGGAAACGCUACAUUCCUGAUUUAUUGUUUAAUUUUGGUUUUGAUUGUUGGCUUGCAUCACUCAGUAUAUAGGAGAGGAGAAUUUCUGUUCACCAACCCUGGAAAUGACAUUCAGCCUUACUGGCACAUGCUUCUUCCGCUUUCUUAUGCUAUUGUUUCAGGUGCUGUGGGAUCAUGUUCAGUAUUGUUUGCAAAGUCUCUCUCAAACUUGCUAAGAUUGUCCAUUUCAACUGGCUAUCAGUUGCAUAGCUGGUUCACUUACUCCAUGCUUAUAUCAUUUCUUAGUACAGCUGGAUUUUGGAUGGCAAGGUUGAAUGAAGGACUGUCUCUUUUUGAUGUGAUGCUCAUUGUUCCUAUGUUUCAGAUUGCUUGGACAUUUUUCUCUAUUUGUACAGGAUUUGUAUAUUUCCAGGAAUAUCAGGUGUUUGACACAUUGCGAACUACAAUGUUCAUACUGGGAAUGAUUUCAGUAUUUAUAGGCAUUUCUUUGUUGGCACCAGAUGAAUCAAAAGGAUGGGAAAUCAAGGAUACUGCUCCGGUUUCUAUUCCUUCAAGUCUUCAGAAUGACAUGGACAGGCUUGUAACGCCUGCUGACGAUUCGCAAAUUAAAGAUAUGAGAUCACUUGCACAAGUGAUUCGGAUUAAGGCUGCAAACUUGAUGGUCAAGGCAAAGAUUGCUUGUUCAUUGUCACUAGGUUUGGGAGAAGAAUCAAUGCAUGCAUCUUCUGUUUUUGUGAUGCCCAUUGGUUCAUCAAAAAUAACGGGCUUUAGAGGAAGUAAUCUUGAUCGGACAAAGUUAUUCUCCCUAAGAGGCCCAAGUUGGAGUAGGGUUGCAGUAGAAGAGGAUGAUUAUGAAAUCUGA